UCUGGGGCUCAGCAGCUGGAGAGAAACAUUGGCUAAGGAUGGUCAAAGCUGGGAAGGAAAAAAAGUGUGGAGUGAGAAGGAUGAAGUGAAAGGAACUAGGAGCCACAGUGGAGAAGAUACAGACAGCCCAGUGACCUCUGGUGUGUGAGGGAUGAAGGAAACGGACUGUGAUUGACUAUGUGGACCAUCUGGGUGAUCAUCUUCUGGAUUUCAACCACCCUGAGCAGAGCUGUCCCUCCAGUCUGUGACCUCCUGAGUGUCCUGAAAAGGGAAGAAGAAAGAUGUGCUGAGGCUCUCUUCCUGGAGGCAAAGAAUACAACACCUGAAAACGAUCUACUCCUGAGCUCAGGCAGAUGUGUUGGAAUGUGGGAUAACAUGAACUGCUGGCCUUCGUCUGCUGUGGGACAGAUCGUCAGUGCUCACUGCCCUGAAUUCUUCCAGAUGCUGACUGGGAAAAAAGGUUUUGUCUACCGAAACUGUACGAGUGAGGGGUGGUCAGACCCAUACCCAAGACCCGAUAUUGCGUGUGGCUACAAUGUCAAUGACACAACCAACGAGGCAAGACGUUCCUAUUUCAUGACUCUGAAGACCAUGUACACCAUUGGAUACUGCACCUCCCUCGUGACGCUGACGAUCGCCUUAGUGGUCCUGGUCUCUUUUAGAAGGCUUCGCUGCACAAGGAACUAUAUCCACAUGCAUCUCUUCACAUCCUUCAUUUUGCGAGCCUCAUCCAACUUCAUCAAGGAUGCUGUUUUGUUUUCCUCAGAAGACACAAAUUACUGUGGGGCAUACACGGUUGGGUGUAAGCUCACCAUGGUCUUCUUUCAGUAUUGCAUCAUGUCCAACUACAGCUGGCUCCUCGUGGAGGGACUGUACCUCCACACUCUCCUGGUCAUUUCUUUCUUCUCAGAAAGGAAGUUCCUCUGGAGGUUCAUCACCCUCGGAUGGGGUGCCCCAGCAGUAUUUGUGGCUGCAUGGGCGACUGCCCGGCAACUCCAUGAAAAUAUUGGGUGUUGGGACAUUAACACUAAUGCCAAUACCUGGUGGAUCAUUAGAGGCCCCAUAGUUUUGUCUAUUUUUAUUAAUUUCAUUCUUUUUGUCAACAUUUUAAGAAUCCUGAUGAGGAAGCUGAGCUCCCCUGAAGGACGGGGCAGUGAUUUCAACCAGUACAAGAGACUUGCAAAGUCAACACUCCUCCUCAUCCCUCUCUUUGGGGUCCACUACAUCAUCUUUGCUUUUUUCCCUGAAGAUGCAAGCAGUGGCACAGUGGAAAUUCAGCUUUUUUUUGAAUUGGCUCUUGGAUCAUUCCAGGGCUUUGUCGUGGCUGUACUUUAUUGUUUUCUGAAUGGUGAGGUUCAGCUGGAAGUUCAGAGAAAAUGGAGGCAGUGGCAUUUAAGCAAACACUUGCAUCAUCUCAGCACCUCAGCGAGUAACGGAGGAAGUGGCUUAACUCAAGAGAUGCAGAUGGUGAGGUCGAGCCCACCAGAGCACAGGAGAGCAACCCUCCAAAGAUCAAGCUUGCUUUAA